GAGUGCUAAUGACAUCCAGUAUCUUUUAAUCUUAACAGGAAGAGAAUGGACUGAGCGUUAGCCUCCUCACAAAAGUGAAUAUUUUCUAAAAAGAGACAAAGCGACUGUGCGGCCAAUACCUGUCUCUUUCCUGCAAGGCGAAGGCCGAAGGCGCAGUGUAAAAUUAUAUAAUAUUUUUGUAUGUAUAAUUGUUCCAAUAAAUUAAUAUCAAUACAUCCCUCGUAAGGAGGUUUGAUCAUGGAGAAUAAUAUCAAAUAUGAAACAAUAAUAUUGAAAUAGAAAAUUGUUUUAAUUUUUUUUAUUGACUAAAAGCUAUUUUUUUUAACUAAACAAACAUAAUAUACUUCAUAUAAAAUAUAUACACUUGAUAUUCUAAACCUUACUUAUUUGUAAACGGACUUGUGAGAUGAUCUUCGAGGGAGUUUAUCCACUUGCACAAAAACACGUAAAACCAUUUUUGACACAUAAUUUCUGAUAAAAUAAUUUAAUACUUUUAAUUAACUGUAUAUGUUGUGUAUGUAUGUAUGUGAUAUAAAUUAUCAAUCACAAAUAUAACAUUGCAAACAGUAGACCCUCUUUGCACAGAAUUCUAAAAAGAGAACUUCUGGCCACACAUUCGCUUUGUCUCUCUCGCACUUUUCGGUCUGUAUCUGCACUACUGAAUACGGAAUGCACAAUCCAUUCUCUCUAUGUUUAUGAGUAUAACAAAAUAAUGUUUGCGGAAAAUUUAAUUUAAUGCACAAGCACACACAUGCACUUUUUACAAAAUUUCGUCGGACAAAAAUAUAUUUCGGGUAUAAGUUUUUCUGUAGUUAAUUUCUAUUAUUUCAAUUAUACCUAUUAGUGAUUAUUUAAAAACCUUAGUUUUCUUGAGCCUCAAAACAAACCGUUCUCUGUUUUAGUAAUCUCGUACAAAGCAUACGACGCCCCAGAUCUUGGGUGUGAAUCCAGCUGAAGUGAUCGUUUUUGCAAAAAUCAUUGACUUACAGCACAACAAAAAUACAAUUGAUGGAUUUUGGGUCUAGUUGUUGUGAAUAUCACCGUGUCUUUGGACACAAGCUAAGCUAUAAUACAUCGACUACGGGUAGAUGAGGUCGAGUGAACCUGUUUGCGCGUACAUUUAUUGCUGCGCAAUUGACAAUUUCAGAGAAUAUUUGUAAGAUUUCGCUGCGGUGGAAAUUGAUCAGGCCACCAUUAAUAUAUAUAUAUAUAUAUAAAUAUAAAGGUGUUUUUGAAAGUUCAUGUCGUAUAUUUAAGUUCGUCUAAUUCUGUUCCAAGGGUCAAACAAAAUUAAGCUAAGUUACUUUAAAUUUAUGUUUAAAUUAAUUGUUGAACGUGGCUCAUGUACUUACAGUAAUCAAGUAGAAUGAGUUACUAGUACAUCCUCAUUGCCUGCACCACUGUAAUUUGUAAAUAUAAUUUUACUUGCCCUUUAUAUCGUGCUCAACGAUGUCAAAUUUAGUUGCGUUUAUUUGAAAUCUAACAAUAUGCACUGAAGGUUAGCGUCUAAUCUUCACGCCUGAUUUCCCCCAAAGAAUAACUUCUGUACCUAACAACGGGAGUUUUAAUCUAUAUAGUAAUAAAUCUUUCGUACUAAAGACAAAUCACUCGGAACAAAUUUUAUUGCGCGGUUAUCAGCAUAAUAAACCACUCGUAAAUUAUGAAAAUUACUUAUACUAUAUAAUAACAUGUGGUGAGUAGGUAGCACGUGAACUUCUUUAAAGAGAAGGAGCACAAAGUCUUCUACUCGGGUACUGCAGUGAUAUAAAUAUACUACUCUUUAUACUCCAGUACAUUCAUCCUCUUUCUUUAUAAAAUCAUUUUGCCGUUACAGCUGUACGCUUGUGAAACUAACUCCCUUACCUUUACGUAAUAUUCAACUUCUUAUGUCCUUCUCCUUCACAAAUUUAUUCGAGCCUUAUUAUACGUAACUCUUAUAUUUUUUUGCAUCUUACUUCUACCUAUCCUUAACUAUCAUCAUGUGUUUUUAAUUUCAUUGUAUCACUAUUUGAGACCAGUCUUUUUUUAUUUAUUUUAACGUUACUAGGAUUAAUUGACAAAAUUUAAUUAUGGACAAAUAUCCAGACCUAGACAUUUAUUUUUAGACCAAACAAAUAUUCCAACUCGUGGCCCGUCGCGCUGCAGUCAAACGCUUAACCGUGCGCUACGAGCCGUCCAAAGUUCUUUGUGUAAAAAGAUUGGCUCGAAGAAAUUGAUUUCAGAAUUAAGAGCGAUAAGACCGCCAAUUUUACCUUUGCAUAUUGUCAUUUUAUGUAUUCGUGUUCAUUAAAGAAUAUAUUUGGCGGGAUAAGAAUAUCCACUACCCGAUAUCGUCCCGUGGGUGUCAUAUGAGGCGACAGAGGCUAACAAACCAGGAGAUAGGCAGCAGCGUCUUUCUAUGAACAAGUAAAAAAUAAAAAUUGCGCCUGGCGAGGCUGACAACUAUCACAACUAUUUCCCCUAUAGGGGGAAUCUAUAAUCUAUGGAAGGCCUUUUUUCAGCUGUGGACUAUGAUAGUCUGUAAUGAAUUAAUGAAACUUAUAUACAGAAACCUACACUCAAUCAAUAAUAUUGAUUGAGUGUUGGUUUUUUUUAGAUCUGUUUCUGUGUGUCAGUAUUCCUUAUACUUCAUCCCAGCCUACCCCGGCUAUAUCACAAAAAUGUUACAGUGGCUUGGUACUUAGAAAACUUAAGAUAUCCCAAAACUUGUGGCGCUAUAUCACUUGCGCAGUUAGUUAGUAGCUUCUGGCGGUUAGGAAGUUGUCACGAACACGGCCAGGAGUCACGAGUUAAUACGUCAUCUAUAGACCAUACUAUAGUUGACACACACAUACACACACACGCACGCACGCACACAUACACACACGCACACACAUACACACGCACACACAUACACACACACACACACACGCAUUUAAAUAUUUGCCUUGGUCAACUCUAACGAAACUAUGAGGAGUGAUGAGGAUGAGUUAGGGUGACGGGACUAAUAAGACUUAUUUAAUUUUAUAGAAAUCUGCUUAUUCAUUUUCAUCUGCUUGUAUGACAUGUUUCUAUCCCAAAGUAGGGAGGAUUUACCAGGCUUAGCGGACGGAGUGGCGAAUGCAAUUCCAGACGUCUUGCGUUUUUGAUGCUGCUUCCAAUCUGGUAUGGAUUACUUAUAUUUGGUCAAAGAAAGGUUGUUCAAAUAUAUUUAAAUUAUUUCAGAACGAGAAUAUGGUUUCCGCUCCUAUCCUUCUUCGAGUCCGAAGUAGAUGGCAUUGUACCUAACGAGUACGAGGGGCCGACGACGGUACUGAACAAUCUGAAGGAAUGGUUCUUACAGUUAGUCUCUGACGUGAAGACUUGCUCCAUGGCCAAGAUCGCCGGCUCCAAGCUGCAAGAGGGUGCAGCGAUGGGCGAAUACUCCGUAGUUAAAUUAGUUGACGGGAUAAAAAGGAAUCUGAGUCUUAUAGAAGAAUAUAAAAACUCGCGUCAACGAUUAGUCACUUUAGAUAAAAAUGUUCAAGCGGGAAUGCUUGAUGAGCUUCCAGAUAACGAACUUCGGUAUAAAAAAGUAACGGAAAUGGCCGGUGAGAGUCUGCUUCAAAACUUUAGCACUCCACCUUCGCCGGCAUCGAAGAAAAGUAUAUGAAUGUGUGCUAUAUAAUAUCUAGUAUAGAGGCUAAUUUCUGUUUGUGCAUUAGAUAUUUAAGUACUUGUACUACAAAGUGCGUUAGAUACCUGAACUUUCUACAUUUCCAUUAUAGAUUUUAUAAAAUGUUAAUUCAUAUUUAUAUUAAGUUAAAUAUGUAAUAAAUUAUUAUAAAAAUUAUUUGCUCAAAAAUAAUCGUGGAAAUAAACAUUUUAACGCUUUA